GGCCGUGCCUGACGCCACAGACCGGAGAGAGUGGCCGGUGCCGAGAUGAGAGAGUGGAGAGAGAAAAGUUGAGAGCGACAGUAGGUAAUGACGGCAACUUGUGUGUGUACAGUCAAAAGGUCGAGAUUGGCCCGGGGCUCUGGGAAGCCGCGAUCCUCUACCGCGUGCGUCAGUGUCGCACGGCCCGUGCGCUUUCACAUGUCAAGCGCCAGAAGAGAGAGUUGCGUGCGGGCUGCCCCUACCUUAAACAACCCUCUUUGCUUCCUGUCCGCUUGCUUCUUUCCCUUCCAUUGCAUCCAAUCCUCAAGAUAACACUUCCCGCCCCGCCGAUUCGCAGCAACGUAGUUGUCGCAGUUGUCUCCGCACACACACAUAAUUUUCCAUCACAUGCCCCA